UUUAUACGCCAGAGAGCGCACAGUGUAGCUGGUGGUGUACAUGUUAUAGCGGGCGGAUAGGUAUAGGAACACCAUUAUAUCAGCGACAAGCGGGAUACUACAGGCAGCUACUAAUACCAGUGUCUUUCAACAACGUAGCUUAGAUCUGAGUGUUUAAGUGAUUUUACAACAAAGAGGAAAUACUGAUUAAAAAACAACUUCAUUUUACCUACUGUCAUGUAUUUUUGAUAAACAGAGCAAGGAAAACAAACGUUUAUUCAGUGGUAGCAACGAUUUUCACAACAACGUAAGCUUGAAGUUGUUAUAUUGGUGUGUUUACUUGAUGAAUUUUUUAAUUGAUACCAUGGAUAUACUUGUAUUCGGUGUGAUUUUAACUAUGAUGGCAGAGUCCCGGGCGAAUACGGAAUUCUCUAGCGAGAGUGUGGACUAUUUGAUGAAGUAUGGAUAUAUCUCCAAUGAGGAUAAGCAUAGUGGUUCCUUGCGUUCACAAGAAGUCGUCAGUAGUGGCAUAGCGCAGUUCCAACGAAUGGCCGGUCUACCAAUUACCGGUGUGGUGAACUCGGAAACUAUUCGAAUGAUGAAAAUGCCUAGAUGUGGAAAUUCAGACGAGAUGGGGUUCUCAGACAAAGCCAGGAAAAAACGCUAUGCUUUACAUGGGAGCAAGUGGUCUAAAUAUGAUAUCACAUAUACGAUAUCACAAUACAGCAAGAAGAUCUCUAAACAAGACGUGGACUCGGAGAUCAGGAGAGCAUUUGAUGCAUGGGAGGGUGUAACGCCUUUAACUUUUACUUGGAAAAGAUCAGGAACUGUCGAUAUCGAUAUCAAAUUCGCACGGUCAUGGCAUGGGGAUAAUAAUCCUUUUGACGGUAAAGGACAGACAUUAGCUCACGCAUUCUUUCCCCAAUAUGGAGGGGACGCUCAUUUUGAUGAGGAUGAACCUUGGACAAUCAAUGUUUCCGAUGGCGUGAACUUUUUCCAAGUUGCCGUCCAUGAGAUCGGUCAUUCCCUGGGUCUCGCCCACUCUGACGUUUAUUCAGCCCUCAUGGCUCCUUUUUAUAAGGGUUACCAGAAAAAUUUUCGUCUGGGAACGGACGACGUGGAGGCAGCACAGGCUUUGUAUGGUACGCCGAACAGCAGACCUAACCCUACACAGCGACCUUUCCGACCCCCGACACGUAGACCAUACACACCUGCUCCGACCUUACGACCGACCCGUCCCCCUGUUACUACACGACCACCUGUGUUAAACAUCCCCGAAAUCUGCCGAAACCCAACCAUUGAUGCCAUAACACGCACAAAAGAUGGAUCCACGUAUGUUUUCAAAGGUAUAUACCAUUAUCGACUUAACAAGCUCGGAAUAGAAAAGGGCUAUCCUCGAAAAAUCUCCACCGAUUGGAAGGGUGUGUCUGGUCCCAUUGAUGCGGCUCUAACUUGGGAGAACGGUUAUACCUAUAUCUUUAAGGGAAAGUACUAUUGGAAGUUUGAAAAUAGAAGGCUCAUUUAUGGACCCAAGAGAAUUGUGUUUGGAUUUAGAGGUGUUCCGAAUAAUCUUGAUGCAGCGAUGGUUUGGGGCGGUAACGGCAAGACGUACUUCUUCAAAGGAGAUCAAUAUUGGCGAUAUUCCGGAAGAAAAAUUGACUAUGGAUACCCACGUGCAAUAGUGAAAUGGAGAGGCCUUCCGAGUACAAUACAAGGAGCUUUUAAAUGGGAAAAUGGAAAAACAUAUUUUUUCAACGGGAAACAUUACUACAGAUACAAUGAUCAAAUGUUUUCGGUUGACGCCACAUAUCCCCGACCUAUCGCCACCUGGUGGUUAGGGUGUCCACAGCAGGGAAAGAUAACCAACGUCAGGAAUCCAUAUAGUCAGGAUCAAAGAACAGAGGACAAUGACAAAGACGAACAAUGGAUAACAAUACACGAUGAUUCUGACAUCCUUGAUCCAAACACCGGUUCUUUAGAUCAUAACAGUGCCAGUUUAUUGAACUUUCAACCUAUUAGUGUAAUAACAUGUGUAUUGGUGACAAUAUUUAGCCUAUUUUUAUGAAAUUGUUUUAUGUACGUUUUACCUCAGAUUGACAAUCAAGAUAUCGACCUCAUUAAAAUGAGGUCGUGACCAGGUCUCCUCCGUGACCAGGCAAGUCCCACGUGCGCGAUCAUCCCAAGGCUGGUGGACCUAAUAUAGCCCGGAAUCGAUCAGUUAAAGAAACGUCGAUCAGCUCACUGCAGAAUGAAUUCUAUCAAGUAGAGUUCUAUGCUGACAGCGCGUUUCACCAAGUACUCCAGUGGGAUUGGUUUGUAUACCUGCAUGAUUGUGUGAAUGCAGGUUCGGAAUGAGUAAUUGAUAGCGUCUCUCCCAAUCCUGUAGAUUGAUAAAAGAUGGGAUGCAGGUCGUCUCAACCAACUAAAACAUGGCCGGUGAUUCGCGCUGCUAAAUUAUCGACGGAAUAGAAUUCCUGAAAAAAAGGAGAAGAACGAAUGUGAGGACUGGUACAAUUGUGCCAUACAUAUUUUCCACAGAGUCAAAAUAACCUGGGGAUUGUUUGUUCCGGAUAUUAAAACAUGUUAUAAAUAUUCGACUACAUGCACAAUCAAUUAAAAUGGUUAUAUUCAUUGUGUAAAUGAAAUUGAGAUGUUAAUGAUGUGAUAUACGAACUACCAUUAUAACUAUCUCAAGAAUGUUCUUGAAACUACAGAAUAUCAUUUCUGUAUAUAUAUACAUUUCUAUUACAUAGUCUUUUCUCAGAUAAAGAGACGUCUUGUAUUCAUGUAGAUACGGAAAAGUAAUGCAAUAGUAUUGUGAUAACUACUGCAUCCUUUACUCGUAUGGUGGUAACUUACUCAUACAACAGGUUGUUUUGGUAAAUUCUAUAUUAAAUACACGUUUAAGUGUACAUUUCGGGACUCCAAUAUUGGAAUAUGAUUGUAAAUAUCAUUUAGUGAUAAUGUAUUUGUCGUAUACAUCUUUGUCAUUAUCAUUGUUAUCAUCAUUUCGUUAUAAAUUAAACCAUAAAGAUGGUAUCCAUAUGUACACAUGAAUGAAUGUAAGCAUGUGUUAAUAAUUCAGCGUUAUUUGUGUUAAAUUCAUUUCAGUGUAUGUUAAAUAAUUUUAUACAUUCAACAAUGACGCAAAUUACAUAACGGGGUCUUAAUGUUUGUCCAUUACCUCAUUGACAGAAAUAUCAUUGUAAAUCAGUAACCAACUUAUCAUGCUGAAUAGGGGUGUGGAUAUAACAUGACAACUGUAGUUUUACUGCAGGAUUUGAAUCAUUUGAUCUUGCUUGUAACAAGCAUUUCCAUUGGCUUAAAUAUGUAGGUUGUCAGCAUAUAUAAGAAAAAUGACGUCGUUUGUAACGUCACUUUCAAUUGGCUGAUACACUGGCGUAAUAAUUUCCAGAAGAACAUAAUCAAUUAACAAAAACGGACUUACUCGGGAAUUGUGUAUAAUGAAUUAUUCUUUACGGAUAAGCUUGAAUAUAUGUUUGUGUUAUGGAGCUGUUAUGCAAAAUUCCGGAGUAUACUCUCAUAUAAACCGAUUUGCAGUUUGUUUACAUUAUACUCCGUUUCAGUGUUAUAUUUCUGUAAUAUAAAAACUAUUUUAAAGCUAAUCUUUAAACGUUACCAAAUAAGAUGCUUGUUUUCUAAUCAGUACUUAUAGGGCAAUUACCUAGUUCUCGUCUACUUAGUUAAAAUCACAGUAGGUAAACUAAAACUAUAAAUGUGUUAUUAUGAAACAUAACACCCACUAGGUAGGACCUAUAUAUGAAGCCCGAUGUACUUAUUUAAAAUAUUUUGAUAAAUACGGCCAUUUCGAAUUUCCUAAAAUGUCACAUGGAAAAAAACACAAAGUUCAAGUACAGCUAAUCUUGGGCAGGCAAUUUUUAAUGAUAUGUACAUGUGUAUGAAUUAAAAUUUGACAAGCAAGUUAAAGUCAUGUCUUGCUCCGGAUUAUAUUGUAGGUAACGACACACAUUUUAUAGGAGAUGUUAACACAUUACGCGAGAAAGUUAGAAGGUAGGCAAAGAAGAUGAUAGUGUAGAAAUUGUUGGAUGUGAGGCGAGAGAAAUAAAAAAUGGAAAACAUAAAUGCCAGAAGGAGAAAUAAAGAUGAAUAUGCAUGAAAGGAAAAUACUGUUUUGUGAAGACUUUCAAAUUGAAAUCUAACAGAACGAGAGGUAAAUGAACAGAUGUAAACAUUGGCUCGGUGUAAAGCACCAUGUUGAAUUUGAUUCGUAUAAACAAAUAAAAAUAAAUGAAGUAAUUAAUUAAUUAAUCAAUCAAAUAAAUACAUGAAUUAUCUAUCAAAUAAUUGAAAAAUAUUUUUAAAUAUGUAAAUUACAUUACUAAAUACAAAAAGAUAAACGAAUAAAUCAAUGAUUUAAAAAGAUAAUUUAGUCUUAUUAUCUAACCGGUCCUUUUAUUGUUUAUAAUUAAUACCGGUUUUCGGUGAAUUUAGUGGAAGUCCAGUGCAGUUAAGUUAUAAAAUAUUGUAGAAUUAUUUUAUGAUUGGUUGUAUUGCUUACCUACUUAUACAUACGUAUUUCAUGGAAUCAAUCUAAGUGUCUAUUGGUUGUGUGUAAGAUAUUCGAGGAGGACAAGACAAAAUGCAUUCCAGUUAUAGGCGCUCUAUAACGCAUCUUUAUAUUCAUACUGUACCAUCUGAUAUGACCAGUCAACAUUUGUUGAGCGUGAUUCACUUUUUCAGUUUGUUGUUAGUUUCAUUAAUGUAUAUUGUUGAUUAGGAUUUUGAUGAAUUUUAAAUAACAAUUUUAAAUUUAGGAUUAUGAUAAAUUUCAAAUGGCAAUUUUAAAUUUCUUUAACGCAACUGUCGUUCUGUAUUAUUGAAACAUAUCCUGGGAUGAGAAGCAAUUUCCUUAAACUUACGUUGCUGUAAUAACCUUGUUAUAAUGAGAAUCGCCAAUUGAAAAAAGGAAAAUGAAAAUAAGUUAAUAUUGAGCGUGCGUGAGUCAUAAGAAUUAAGAAAUUAAUCAGGAAAAGCGUUUUACUUUCUUUUGCCCUGAUUGUAUAAUAUUCGCCAAUUGUCGGUUUGAGUAAUCAUUUUAUUUAUUUGUAUUAUACAUUGGAAUCGUAUAUAUUCUGAAAAAUGGCUUUAUUGGUGCCGGAGGAUUAUUUGAUAAUAGUGUAGAUUUUGUUUCAGCAGGCAGGUUGUUUAAGUGAUGCGGUCUGAGAAUGUAUCUAUGAUUUAUUGUUAAACAAUGCAUAAUAUUUGUGUUUUAUUAUGUUUUCAUCAUUGAAUGCCAGUUGAAAAUAUGAAUAAUUUGGUUGUAAAACAAUUCAAAUGUAAAUAAAUAUUCUGUGUGAAAGCGAGUGCAACUGUGUUUUUCUUAUAUAUAUAGAUAUAUAUAUAUAAUGUUUGUAAAUAUCCAUUGUCAGUGCGCAGGCGCGCUGUCAUCUUUUGUAUAUUUUAUAAUAAAAUCCAUACAUAAACA